AUGGAGGCCCAAGAAGUCCCAAGCCCCGUGAACGACAUCGCCGUGCCAGCUGCUUCAAGUCUACCAGUCCUCUUCUUUGACAUAGACAACUGUCUCUAUCCACGGAGCAGUAAUGUCCAAGACACACUCUCAGAGCUGAUAGACGACUACCUAAGUCGAGAACUCGACCUCCCCCGCUCAGACGCAAUCGCCCUACACACGCACUAUUUCAAAACAUACGGGCAGACAGUCGAAGGACUAGUCCGACACCACGCCAUAAACGCCCUGCACUACAAUAGCCAAGUCGACGACGCACUACCACUAGAAACCCUUCUCAAGCCCAACCCCGCGCUGCGGGCCUUUCUGCUGUCGAUUGAUAGAUCGAAGGUUCGGCUUUGGCUGCUGACGAAUGCGUAUGUCACGCAUGCAAGGCGCGUGGUGAAGGUUCUUGGCGUUGAGGAUCUUUUUGAUGGCGUUACGUUUUGUGAUUAUGCGGGCGUGCCAUUUAUUUGUAAGCCUCAGGUUGGUAUGUUUGAGAAGGCGAUGAGGGAGGCUGGGGUUGAUGAUGUGGAUGACUCGUUUGGGAAUUGCGUUGGGGCGAAGAGCUUUGGGUGGACGGCUUGUCACUUGGUUGAGAGUGGGCUGCCGGUUCCUGAGUCUCAAGCUUCGCAGCAUCGGAUUCGGCAUUUGGAGGAGUUGAGUUGUAUUUGGCCGGAUUUCUUUCGGGCUAAAGAGGUUGAGAUUUUGGCUUAA